AAACCGAAGCAGAGGUCUUACGCAAUGUUGGAUGAUGCUGCUGCUGCUGCUGAUGAUGAAGACAAUGGUGUUGGGGGAGACGCUGAUCAUAGGACUAGAAAAGCCAAUACCCAUAAAAAACGUUUCAGGAAGAAGAUUGAAAGUCAAGAAGAGGAAGAUGGUGAAGUAAUUGCACGAGGGGCAACAGAGAGACGACAGGUUAAAAGAAGAACUUCCGAUGAUGGUUCAGAGUCAGAAAAAGAAAGGUUGUGUGACCAAAGAGAGAGGGAGCAAUUGGAGCAAAAUAUAAGGGAGCGGGAUACAGCAGCGACACGGAAGUUAACCGAACCAAAAUUAUUACGAAGGAAGAAACAAGAAGCAAUGAGGAGAUCUGAUGCUUUGGAGAAAAAUGGCCUUGAAGCCUUGAGAAAAGUUUCAAGACAAGAAUAUUUGAAGAAAAGAGAGCAAAGGAAACUUGAGGAAUUAAGGGAUGAUAUAGAAGACGAGCAAUAUCUGUUUGAUGGCGUGAAGCUUAACGAAGCGGAAUAUCGCGAGUUAAGGUACAAGAAGGAAAUAUACGAGCUUGUGAAGAAGCGGUCAGAGGAUGCCGACAAUACAAGUGAGUACAAGAUGCCGGAAGCCUAUGAUCAGGAAGGCGGUGUUAAUCAGGAAAAGAGAUUUUCCGUGGCUUUGCAGCGUUACAGGGAUGCAACUGCUGCGGGAAAAAUGAAUCCUCUUGCAGAACAAGAGGCUUGGGAGGAGCAUCAAAUUGGGAAGGCAACGAUGACAUUUGCUUCAAAAAAUAAAAAGCAAAUAUCUGAUGACUAUCAGUUUGUGUUCGAGGAUCAGACUGAUUUUAUCAAAGCAUCAGUAAUGGAUGGAGAGAAUAUUAUUGAUGACAAGAAGUCUACUGAGAGAGAAAAAUCAACAGCAGCUUUGGAGGAGAGAAAAACAUUACCCAUAUAUUCAUAUCGGGAUGAGUUGCUCAAAGCUGUUCAUGAUCAUCAGAUUCUUAUCAUUGUUGGUGAAACUGGUUCCGGGAAAACUACCCAGAUACCCCAAUAUCUUCAUGAAGCUGGAUACACAAAGCGUGGAAAGGUUGGGUGUACACAGCCACGAAGGGUCGCUGCUAUGAGUGUGGCCGCCCGAGUUUCUCAAGAAAUGGGUGUCAAACUUGGCCAUGAGGUUGGUUAUUCCAUCCGGUUUGAAGAUUGCACUUCAGAAAAGACUCUUAUUAAAUAUAUGACAGAUGGGAUGCUGCUGAGAGAAUUCCUUGGUGACCCAGAGCUGGCAAGCUACAGCGUGGUGAUGGUGGAUGAGGCCCACGAAAGAACUCUCUCAACUGAUAUUUUGUUUGGAUUAGUAAAGGAUAUUGCUCGAUUUCGCCCUGAUCUGAAGUUGCUUAUCUCCAGUGCAACACUUGAUGCGGAGAAAUUUAGUGAUUAUUUUGAUUCAGCUCCAAUCUUUAAAAUUCCAGGGAGGCGAUAUCCUGUUGAAAUACACUACACCAAAGCUCCAGAAGCUGAUUACUUGGAUGCCGCCAUAGUUACUGUUCUCCAAAUUCAUACGACACAACCAAGUGGAGAUAUAUUGGUUUUCUUCACAGGUCAAGAAGAGAUUGAAACAGCUGAAGAAAUUCUAAAGCACAGGACAAGGGGCCUGGGGACGAAGAUUGCUGACCUGAUUAUCUGCCCCAUAUGUGCAAACCUACCCACUGAGCUCCAAGCAAAAAUAUUUGAACCCACUCCUGAAGGAGCGCGGAAGGUUGUUCUCGCAACAAACAUAGCUGAAACCUCCUUGACUAUAGAUGGGAUCAAAUACGUAAUUGAUCCAGGCUUCUGUAAAAUGAAAUCGUAUAAUCCAAGGACUGGGAUGGAGUCGUUGCUGGUUGCUCCUAUUUCCAAAGCAUCUGCUAAUCAAAGGGCGGGUCGAUCUGGACGAACAGGUCCUGGAAAAUGCUUCCGACUAUACACUGCCUACAGUUAUCAGAACGAGUUGGAAGACAAUACAUUACCAGAAAUACAAAGGACAAACCUUGCAAGUGUUGUCCUCGCACUCAAGAGUCUUGGUAUCCAUGACUUGUUAAAUUUUGAUUUUAUGGAUAGACCGCCAUGUGAAGCAUUAUUAAAAGCCCUGGAACUACUCUUUGCACUAGGUGCACUAAAUAAACUCGGUGAGUUGACUAAAGUGGGAAGACGGAUGGCGGAGUUCCCCCUUGAUCCCCUGCUAUCCAAAAUGAUAGUUGCUUCUGAAAAGCACAAGUGCUCGGAUGAGAUCAUUUCCAUUGCGGCCAUGCUUUCUAUUGGAAACUCCAUCUUUUAUUGUCCAAAGGAGAAACGAGUUCAUGCCAACAACGCGCGGAUGAAUUUUCAUACAGGAAAUGUUGGGGAUCACAUUGCAUUGCUAAAGGUGUACAAUUCGUGGAAGGAGACAAAUUACUCGACACAAUGGUGUUAUGAAAAUUAUAUACAGGUUAGGAGUAUGAAGCGUGCAAGGGAUGUGCGAGGCCAGCUUGAAGGGCUGUUGAAAAGGGUUGAAAUUGAAGUAACCUCAAACCCCAAUGACUUGGAGGCUAUAAAAAAAGCUAUAACAUCUGGUUUUUUCCCACAUUCUGCAAGGCUACAAAAGAAUGGAUGUUAUCGGACAGUCAAACAUCCACAGAGUGUUCACAUACACCCCAGCUCAGGGCUAGCACAGGUCAUUCCGAGAUGGGUUUUAUAUCAUGAGUUGGCACUCACGACCAAGGAAUACAUAAGACAGGUAACAGAACUAAAGCCGGAGUGGUUGCUGGAAAUAGCCCCACACUAUUACCAGCUUAAGGAUGUUGAAGACAGAUCAGGAUUUCCUACAAUCCUUUGAAGACUCUACUCUCUC